CUCAUCUCUCUAUUUCCACAUCGAACUCGCCCCUCUCCUCACAUAUGCCUUUGUCACACUCCCUCCUUUCGCGGAGGUUCUCGAUUUCCUUCAGAGACCUGGGAGCGAAGACGGCGCCCGAAUCCUAUUCUCACCAAUCACCACCACCACCGAAGAUGCUUCCUCCUCCGCCGCCGUCUGGGUCGGCGAUGCUCCCUGAGUUGCUGGGGGAAAUCAUACGCCGCGUGGAGGAGAGCGAGGACCAAUGGCCGCAGCGUCGAGACGUGCCAGGUCCAAGAGAGUUUUCAAAUCAGUGCCUGAUAAAGAGGAACAAGAGGACAUCAAGUCAUCAACCUUUUUCUUGUAUCUCGCUCUCACACCAGCAUUCACUGCUAAGGGGAAGUUUCUUCCGGCGGCGCGAAGGUUCAGGACCGGAGCUUACACUGAGUACAUCAUAUCACUUGACGCUGAUUUCUCACAAGGAAGUAAUGCCCACGUUGGGAAGCUAAGAUCGGAUUUUCUUGGGACCAACUUUACAAUAUACGAUAGACAACCUCCACACAACGGAGCAAAAUCCUCAAACGGCAAAGCCAGCCGCAGAUUCGCAUCAAAGCAGAUAAGCCCACAAGUCCCAGCAGGCAACUUCGAAGUGGGUCACGUUUCUUAUAAAUUCAACCUCUUAAAAUCAAGAGGUCCAAGAAGAAUGAUAAGCACACUCCGUUGCCCAUCCUCAUCAUCACCACCACCACCACCACCACCACCACCACCACCACCACCAACCUUAUCCACUGACCAAAACCCAUGUGAUGUUGUCACCAAGAUGGUGAAAAAGCCCAAAAAGGACGGUUCAGGGUUGACGAUACUAAAGAACAAAGCUCUGGGAUGGCACGAGCACUUGCAAUGCUGGUGUCUGAACUUCCACGGAAGAGUGACCGUUGCUUCGGUCAAUAACUUCCAGCUUGCUGGGAGCGUUGACCAGAGUCAACAGGGCGGUAUAGGGGAUGAAGAGGAUGAUACACUUUGGAUGUAUCAAACGUGUAAAUCAGAAGAAAAUAGGAAGAACUGUUGUUGUAUUAAUCAAUGAACGAAGUACAGAGUUUUUCUUAAGAGUUUACUCACUCUCCUUCAUGAACAAGAUUGACAAUACAACUGAUACCCAUUUCUAUUCUCCUCUCUCUCUAUUUAUACUACUCUCCGUAUUGUUGUUGACCUCCUCAUGCUCUCUACAUGACCAACAAGAUCACGUGCUCUGUCGAUGACUCAGCAUAGUACCGUUAUUCUUUUAUUCCUUAUCCAUAAAGCAUCACCCAAUGAGUACCAACACUCAUGGGCCAAACGCCGACUUUCCUUCUGUCACUCCUUUUGGGCCCUGCGCUUGUACUGGUACAAGAUAGGAGAGUGCACUGCUUCGUACUAUCAAUACCAUCCCCUUCGAAAUUGACCUUAUCCUCAAGGUCAAAGGUCGGAAAACGCUUUGCUAUCAUUGUUGUCCACUCCCACGUACACUCAUGACUAGGAAGACCCAACCAUUUGAUCAACACCUCACGCUGUCCCGUACUACCAUUAACCCUCGUUUCAACCACUUUCUCAGGCUGCACCAUCAAUUCCACAUCACUACUCAACUGUGGGGGUAAAGGAGAACUGUCAGUAGUAUCGCCCACUGCUUUCUUCAAUUGC